AUGUUUGAAGACCAGCUAUUAGAAAUCAAUGAAACCUCUGAGAUCCAAGGAUUCUUAACUAAGCCAAUAUUUGAAAGCCGAUUAAAAUGUUAUACCUUUGGGUUUUUUUCGAAACUUUUUAAGCUUAAAUAUAGUCACAAAAUCAAGAUAAAUCAUCAGCUUUUAGUCGAAAUCGUAACAAACUUAAUUUUGAUGCUGCAGCUUAUAUCAUUGACUUGAUACCCUAAUUUUGAAGUUUCUGAAUGAGAAUCGUAUUCUUUAUAUUGGAAAAUGAUUGGGCUGGCUAGUUAUGAUGAGCUUUGUUUUGAGUAUGGAGCACAAGAUAUUUGUUUUUAUGGCACAAUAGGGCUUAUUGGAACUUGUAUUGUUUGCUUCAUAGUAUUUGGAGUUUUUAUAUAUAUUGUGAUAUUUUUUAUUUUAAAUAAAAAUAAUUAUCAACAUAAUUUUAUUUUAAAAUAUUAUGGAAUAUGAAAAAAAGAGCCGCCUAAUAUAGUCACAAAUUUACCAAGGAAAAUCAGCAUGCCACUUACAACAGUCUGCUUUAUUCCAAGCUUAAUGAUAAUGCUUAUGGUUUUUAAAUAUUCUAUUCUAACAAGGAAAGAAGUAAUCGAAUAUGACAACUCCACACGAGAUUCGCUUGACUAUGGGGUUUUUGGUGGAAUAGUAUCUAUUAUUUUACUUAUUUUUCUGCUAUUAAUUAAAUUUUUUUCUGAAAUAUUUUCAUGUGACGUGAGGCAUUCAAGAUCUAAAGAAAAUCUUAAAGCAAGAUGCUGCGCUGAAAUUGAUUUGACGAGGUUUGGGUUUUACGUUUUGAACUGUUUUCUAUAUGUAUCGCUUGGGGAUUAUCAAACUGAAUAUCAAAUUAUUUCGUUUAUUAUUUCUUUUUAUAUUUUGAUAAUUACACUCAAAUUCUUGCCUUAUUAUAAUUUAUAGCAUUUUUAGGAUUUUUUUUAAAAUUUAUAUCUUUUUUAUAUAAGAAAUAAAUUAUCAACUAUAAUUUCUUUAUAUAAUUUUUUUUUAAAUAGGCAUAAUUUAUAUAGAAAAUUCAAUCCAAGCCAUAAAACUAUCAUCAAUUUCUGGAAUUUUAUUAAUUUUCUUAUUUGGUGAACUUUUAGACAACUCGCUAAUUAUUUUAUGAAUGAAUAUUUUUUUCCAGCCUUUGAUACUCGCUUUUGUCGUAAAAUAUGUCCUCCACUUAUACAGGACCCUUCACAAAAGAAGCAACGACAUAAGAAAUCAAUUCGAUUUUGAAAAAAAAUUCCGCCAUUUAUUAGUCGACAAAAAUCUUCAAGACACAAAUUAUGUCCUUGAUUUAUUUGCAAAAUUUUCUAACUCCCCCCUCCGUGAGUGAACAAAACCAUUAGAAAAAUACCUAUUUUUUGCCCAAAAACCCACCCUUCGUGAGUGAACAAAAAUAUUUUAUGGAAAAAAUUUUUGAUAUAUAAAUGAUAAUUAGUAUAAUGAAAUUUAGAGCUAAUUCUGUUUAAUUUUAAACGAAUUGCUUUUUAAAACAUAAAUUUUAUAAAAUAAAUUAAUAUUUGCUUUUCCAAUUUUUGCGAAUUAGGAUUUUUUUAUAUUUCGAAAAACAAUUUUUUUUAUAAAAUUUAUAUAUAAUUUUUUUACCCCCUCCGUGAGUCAACAAAAUUUUUUUAUUCAAUCACGUAGAGGGGGAGUAAAGGAAAACAGUUUGGAAAAUCAAAAUUAUUUGUGAUUUGGGAAUUUAAUUUUUGUUUGUAUAUUAUUAAAGAUGAAAGACUGGCAAGAGUAAAAUUAGCGAAAAUAGGAGAAAUUCCUUCUACUUUUGAAGGAGAUGCCCAAGAGUGGAGAUUAUUUAAUUGAUUAAUUGAGAGAAAAUGCCAAAAUUUUCCAGAUACUAAUUAUUUGGAAUAUUUAACUGAACUUAGAAAAGUUAUAAAUAAAUAUGGCGUCUCUGCCGGCAUUACCUUCUGGAAAUGUAGCCUCUAGUAUAUAUUUAUUUAUGCCUGGCUAGGUUUCGCCUACCCAGAAAUGGGUAUAUAACGAUAGGUAAAUGUUCAGAGCCUAGCCCUAGUCCGCUUUCAGAAAAUGGAUUUUACCUCGAGGGAAGAGAAGGGUUCAGAGGUAGAAAGUGAAAGCCCAGCAAAGUCUGCAGGUAAUGCCUAAAACCAAUCGGAACUUGCUAGCGUGAAGCUGAGAGUUAAGCCUCAGGCUUUUAAUUUUUCCUUAUUGCCAAAGAGUCGCCCAGAAAUUCCAUUUUUUGGGAUUUUUGUGAGGAAACCUUUAACCUAAGUAGCAAGCCGCAUAAGCCUAUAGUCUGCCCACUCAAAACUAGAGCCGACAAGGCAAGGAGUAAACUGAGAUACAGAACUGCACUUCAGAUAGCCAUGGCAGGCGCUGAAGUAGAAGAAGGGUGAUGUUAGAACCUUGGCUACCCAGCGAAUUAUCAUCUCAUUUGAGCAAGUUCUCCAUGAUAACUUCUCAAAAAGGGUGAAUCCCCAGCGAGGACCCUUGGUUGCUAUAUUACCAAUAGGCAAGUCGUUACCUGUAAUAAUUUAUCUUCAAGAAACUUAGCAAAGUUAAAACCAAAGAUGAAGAGCUUUGCUGCAUUUUGGUAGAAUUAAGAGCUGAAUUCUCUUCAAGAACGCCAAAGCUUCCUAAACUUUUACACUUGGCUCAUCAAAGCUACGAUUAUAUUACUGAAAUCAAAAAAGAAUAUAAAAGUAUCGUUGAAAAAUACAAAAAUAUUGAAGCUUUUGAGCUUUAUGGAAGCUUUUUAGACAAUAUUCUAACUCUUUAUAUAUAUUUAAUAAAAAUUGAUUUAAUUAUUUUUUAAAAAGAAAAAAAUAUUUUUUUAUUUUUAAUUGUGGAAUAAGAAAUCACGAAGAAGCAUUAAUUAUUAAUAGAAAAAAGCAUGGGAUUAAUUUAUAUAACCUCCACUCAGAAGACAAAAAGCUUGAAAGAUAUGGCAAAGAUAUCGCAACAAUCCUAAUUUCUGCAUCAAACACAUCUCUAGGAGCCAUAGUAUAUCUAAAUGAAAAAGCUGCCCAAAUUUUAAAAACUUCAGUAACUGACGCAUUUGGAACUUCUUUUAAUAAUUUUAUUAUUCCUCCAUACAAUAUAUUGCAUGAAGAAUAUUUAAAAAAUUAUUUUUUGCAUUGCCAUAGUAUUGAUAUUUCUUGCCCAAUAUAUAAAUGGCGGUCUGACCACACCCGACCUCUUGACGAUGCUUUCUGAACCUUAUGGCUGAGGCAAGCUGGGCGAGAAAUCAGUCAAAAUUCAAGUGCCGUUAUGUAUAAUCAGGUAGGUUUUGAGUUAAAGAAGUAAACUGACAAAGUCCUUCAACCCUUAAGGUGGGUUUCACCGCGAUACCAGGAUCUAUGCCACCAGUCUGGAGCAAGAGUAAGAUGGUGUCCUAAACAACUUGCCAAUCAAGUCAUCAACUGACCAAGGGAAUGUCGCAAAGCGGAUAAAACCCUCAAGGGUCCUUGUUGGCUGCAUAACCACUACCAGCCAAAACCAUCUGCUAAUUAAGCCUAAGAUAAGAUAUCCCUUAUCACAAAAAUCUUCCUCUUUUGACUCUGCAAGGCCAUCUCCGCGAGUGCAAUAUCCUGAUAAAACUAACAGCUUUUCACAAUCACGCUUAUUUUUUAUUAUCAUUCAAAGAAAAAAUUUCAAGCCGAGAAAUCGCAUUAAUUUCUGAAGAUGGGCUAAUUUAUUGUCAUUCAGAAUUUUUCACAUUGUGGGUUGACUCAGAGGUCUCAAGCGUUAGGAAUAAAUAUAUAUCAAAUUUAUUCCCAAUGCUUGACUUUAACCGUAUGGAGCCUUUUGAGCCAUGACUAGUCCCUUUCGAAGACAGAGAAGUGGCUAUUAUCCAUACAAUAAAGCAUAUGAAUUCCCUUACCCUUCAUUUUAUUAUGAUUGUUCAUGACGAAAAAGAAAUAGAAAGGUGAAAAGACGGCCAAGACCCUGACCAGAUUGAAUUUUAUGGAAAUUCUACCAUUAUUGAUGAUACUGAAGAACCAUCACAAAUUAUUGAAAAAAAAUUAAUGAGGAAACCUUCUAGGGUCAGGCACCAUACAGUUAAUCAAUUUAUAACGUCUUUAUCCAAGUCUCUAAAAGAAGACUCAGAAAUGCCGACACAAAUCAGCAAUUUUGUAGGAGAAAGCCGAGAACUUGAUACUUUUGAUGAAAAAUCAGGCGCCACAAGUGUCAAUGAAAUUAACCAACUUUCGACUAGAGCACGUAAUUUUUAUAUAGGACACGCCCAAAGGUUAAUAAUAUCUUCAAAGCUGAGAAUAAGAGUCCUUCAAUAUGUGCUAUUUUUUACUGUAAAAAAUAAUUUAGAUUUUAUCAGUCAUUGUUACAGUUAUCGCGAUUUUAUCUUAUAUGAUCACUGAUGUGUCCCAUACAACUUCUCUGUCAAUUUUUACCCAUUUAGGACAAUUAUUAUACGAUUUAAGUGUUUCUUCAGACUUAGCCAGGGUUUUGCAUAGAGAAGUGCAAGGGGGAGUUUAUAAGCAAACACAUCGUCUAGAAGAAGCCCAAGAAAUGGCUGACGAUUUAAUGAGUGUCCAAAAUUAUAUUUUUACUGAUUAUGACCAGUGGAAUUACUGCUCUAGCUCAGAAAUUGUGAGAAAUCCGAUCAUACCAAUGUGGUCUUUUGAUAAAACACCUCCUGAAAUAACUAAUUUCUACCUGACUAGCGAAAAAAAAAUCAUUGAAAAAAUCUUUAUUUACCUAUUCUUAACGAACAUAAUAUAUAAUUAAUAAUGAGAAUAAAGGGGAUUAUAUUAAAUUUAGACUUAAAAAAUAAAUUUAAUUAAAUUCUUGAUUUUAAACAUUUUAUUAUAAAUAAAAAAAUAAAUUUUAAAGCCAUCCAAUAACAACAAAAAUGCUUAUUCACUAAUCAAGGAGAGAGUAAAGAAAAUCUUUAUAAUGUGGUCGAUAAGUUUAUUUUCAACGUAAUUGAAAUUUAGUGACAAAACUUAAUUUUGGCUGUUAAUAAAAGUGAGGAUUUUAUAAAAUAUGUGAAGUUUAUUAUUAUAAAUAGUGCAGAUUUUUCUUAUGAGUAUUCCAAUUUGACUAUGAAAGGGCUGGUGGAUUGCGAAAUUGACAGAGUAAAUACAUUUGGGACAAAUAUUGGGGUGCUCCUGGUUAGUGGGGUAUGCAUUUUAGCGCUUUUUGUGACUGUUAUAAUUGGGUAUAUAGUGAUGGCUAGUAAGUCUUAUGAUGAUUUUUGGAAUUUUAUGCUGAAUAACUCACAAGUGUCGUUAAUAAAAUUAAAACGAGAGGCAAUUGAUAGACUUUUUGCGUGUCAUGGGAUUGAUUUCAGCUCAGAAAACAUAGAAAAUGACCUAACUCCCCCCCAUCCUUGAUCGAACGACUCGCCAUCGUUCGAUCAAGGAUGGGGGUUAAAAAAAAAUUUUUUGGGUAAAAAAAUUUAUAUAUAUAUAUAAAAUAAAAAAAAUAAUAUGUUUUUUUUUUUUAUACUUUUAAUUAAGAGGGUUAAGAGUAUUUAAUAAUUAUUUUUACAGCAAAAAAUUGAAUUAAUUUCAUAAGAAUACUAAUUUUAAUAUUUUGAUUUUUUGGUUACCCCUUUAAACUUUAUAAAUUUUGAUUUGUUCUUUAUUGAAUUUUUGAUUUGUUUUUUAAAAUUUUAAAGAAUCUCUAUUUUAUUAGAUUAUUGAGUUUUUAAGCCUAGGUUGAUGACUAAAUCACUUCGAAUGGUUGAUUUCGUAGCUUUCUGUCGUCUCAAAGUCUCUGAAAACAACUUCAUUAGGCACAUUUCCCAAGCUUUUGAUAACUAAUAUAUUUUUAUAUAUAUAAAAAUUUGCAUGAUAUGAAAAUCGUUCGAUCAAGGAUGGGGGUUAAUUUUCCCAAUUUUUAGGAAUUUUUACAGUCAAUCGUUCGAUCAAGGAUGGGGGGGAGUAAGAAAUAUCCAUAAAAGCACAAGAAUAAAAACAGAUAUCAAUAAAAAAUAUAUAUGAAGGUUAUUGAUUUUUUUUGCAAUAGCUGCGUCUUAUUAUCUUGUUGUGUAUUUUUAUUAUCAAAAAUGUGAAAGAUCUAUGAUUCACCGUCCAAAAUUGCUAAGCAAAAACAAUUAGAAAAAAUUGUUAAGGAGCAAAAUUUUUAAUAAAUAAAUAAUUCGAUUUAUAAUAUUUAGUAAUAUUAAAUUUUAAAACACUUUAUAUGAAUAAUAUUUAUAAAUUAAAUAGAUUUUGUAUUGAUUUGUAAUUUUAGAAUCCAAAACCUAUUUUAAAUAAUUUUUAAAAAAAAAAAUAAUCCCUGAUAACAAGAAAUAUUUACUUGUUGCCCAAGGGGGGAUUGACUCCCCCCUUUAAUUAGGAACAAAAGUUUCUGUUCCAAUUUAAAGGGGCUAAUUUUUUUUAUUUUAAAUUUUUUUCGAUAAGAAAAUAAAUUGAAAAAAGAUUUUUGAAUUUUAAUUUGUUUUUAUAUAAAUUAAUUGAAAAAAAUAACCGUUUCAGUGUGAAUGCUGUUUAAAUAAUACUCUAUUGCAUUUUUUUCCUUAAAUUAUGCAAAAUCUAAAUGGACUUUAUCCUCGAAAAAAAUUUAAAGGGGGCUAAACACUAUGUUUUGUUCAAAUUUAAGUGGGGGAUUAAGCAAUUUUUAACAUAAGAAGAGCUCUACUUACUCGAGUCGGAUUUUUUGCAAGAGAUUUGAUGACUCCUUUGUAGAAAAUCAUUUAAUCGUGAUUUUUUCUCGACAGAUAUUACUCGACUCACGAUUUGGCCGAAAGUUUUUCCUCAUCUGUAUUUACUCUACAAAAAAAUGACAAGGAAAAGUUUUUCAAACAAAAAUGCUACAGAAAAUCUUUUUAUAGGAAAUUCCCCGAGGAAAAAUAUAUAGCUGAUUCCUUAUCUAUCUCAAACUUUUCCAACUUUAUAUGAGUUUCCUAAUUCUAACGUGAUGUUUCAACAAUCUAUUGCGUUAAUUAAUGAAAAAAGCAGAGAAUUGAGAAGCCAGAAAUAUGAAGAUAUAAUGUCAAAAAAAUUAAUGAAGCAGAUUUAUGAGAGUUUGGAUUCGAAUUUUACUGGUUUGCAUUAUGGGACUGCAACAGCUUCAAGCUCUGCAAUUUUUGACUCUUAUAAUAUUUCUAACUUUUUUUAUGCAAUUAUUUUAAUUAUUGCCUACAUUAUUUUUAUAAAAAUAUAUUUUAUUUUAAAUAAGUUAUUAAGGGUAAGCAAAAAACUGUGGAUUAUUUAGACAUAUCUAGAUACGUAGAUUAUAUUCGCGCUAUACAAGCAGAAAUAGGAUCUGAAUUUCUUCUCGUCGACCAAAAUUCAAAGGAUUUAAUAAACAGUCAACUAGACAAUAUUAUUAUAUGUACAGUAACUUAUUCAAUUGCUUUAUGCCUUUUAUUUUUCUUUUAUUAUUUUCCAUACUUAAAUAAUGAAAGAAAAAGGUUUACAAAAUUAUUAAUUUUGCCAGUUCUUUUGCCUAUGGAUGAUCAUAAAAAAAUUAACUCUGAAGAUAAUAAAUUAUAA